AUGGCGCUCAAUUGGACGAUGCUGGAUGCGGGACACCAACCUAUACCCUUGCGUGAUGAGACCACCAUCAUGUCCAUAGAUCGUGAUUCCCAAGUGGAGUUCUCCUUGACCAUACCCGACGCGCCACCUUCGGGCGCUGCUGCCACCGGGGGCAAUGGUGGAGUGAAGAUGAUGAGGGAGAGAGGGAAGCUCUGGCUGACGAACACACGACUCAUCUUCAUAGCACCCAAAGUGGGAAAGACCAAGCCGUCAUUCGAAUCGCUAUCGAUACCGCUGGACGCAAUCCUAUCUAGCAAAUUCGAACAGCCUUACUUCGGCGCUAACUUUGUGGUGCUUGAUAUCAAGCCCUCACCGGGUGGUGGACUUACAGACGGUACGAGCGUCGAGAUCCGGUUUUAUGACAGGGGGUUGUUUGAGUUCGUGAGCCUCUUGGGGAAGACGCGCGAAAGAGUCGUUUAUAUGAAGAGACAGGCGGCCAUGGAGGAUGACGAGAACUUGCCUGCGUAUACGUCAUCCGGUUCCGCACCGGGAGCUUCGAAUUCAUAUGCGGAUACUCCGCCUGGAUAUGUUGCUUGA